CAUGCCCUAGAGAUGCGUUCAUGUACCAAAACGAUGGCCUCUAAGAAGUUCAUCACUUGGGGGCUUCUCUUCAUUUUGAUGUUUCUGUUGGCCUCAGAAGCGGCAUCCAGGAAAGUACUUGAGACUUCCGAGCUUGGCAAUUCAAAGCCGAGAGGUGUCAAGGCGCCUCCAACAGCAACAACACCCGGGAUCCAUUUAGGAGUAGGUUAUGGUAAUAAGCAAUCCAGAAAGUCAUCAACUCUAGAGGGGAACAAAAAAAAAGGCUUGGUACCUCCGGCAGCACCAAAUCCUGGUGUCCAUAUUCCUCCAAGCAGUCGAACUUAAGUUGAGAUAUGUAGCACAUAAAUAAAAGGAGUGAAUGAAUUCUCUGCCUCCAUUACUUGGUGACUUAAUAAGCUACAAACCUUUGAUGUUACAAGUUAUACAAUAUAAAAGAAAACAUCUCUACCUUCUCGAUAAAACAGUCACUGGCGGCUAUCUGAUCUGAAAAUUCAUGCCAUGUGACUUGUGAUUAUGGUCGCUGUGAUGCACGUUUAGUGCACAUUAUUGUACCUUUGGAAUUCUAUUAAACUUUUUGAAUAUAAAUAUGGCCUCUCAAAUUUUGUUGUCAAUA